GGGACUGCCGGGUUGGGGCCCCCUGCCCCAGGGCCAUGUGAAGGCAGGGCUCUGGGAACAGCUGGAGCCUGUCCAGAGGCUGGACAGAUGUGUACGCAGGCGAGGAGCUUUGGUUUCUUUGUUCUAGGCCUUUCUGCAGCCAAGCUUCAUCCUCUUGACCCCGGACUCCCUCAACCCCUCUGCGCAGAUCAGGAUCAGACAGUGCUGCAAGCAGUCUGGCUUACAGUCCGGAGCAACCCCUGAGGAGCAGUGUCUGCAGAGAAGAGGAUGGCCCAGGUCCUGCAUGUGCCCGCCCCGUUCCCAGGCACUCCAGGCCCAGCUUCUCCUCCAGCCUUCCCCUCCAAGGACCCUGACCCUCCAUACUCAGUGGAGACACCGUAUGGCUACCGCCUGGACUUGGACUUCCUCAAGUAUGUGGAUGACAUUGAGAAAGGCCACACGCUGCGCAGGGUGGCUGUGCAGCGCCGGCCACGCCUGGGCUCAUUGCCGCGGGGCGCAGGCUCCUGGUGGACAUCUACCGAGUCACUGUGCUCCAAUGCCAGUGGGGACAGUCGCCACUCGGCCUACUCCUACUGUGGCCGGGGCUUCUACCCACAAUAUGGCGCACUGGAGACCCGUGGUGGCUUCAACCCACGAGUGGAGCGCACAUUGCUAGACGCCCGGAGACGACUGGAGGAUCAGGCGGCCAUGCCAUCAGGCCUGGGCUCCCUGACACCCAGUGCCGCGGGCUCCACCAGCUCCCUGGCUGGUGUGGGCCUGCCACCCCCAACGCCACGCAGCUCAGGCCUGUCCACACCUGUGGCACCCAGCGCCGGGCACUUGGCCCACGUGCGGGAGCAGAUGGCAGGUGCCCUGAGAAAGCUGCGUCAGCUGGAGGAACAGGUCAAGCUGAUCCCCGUGCUCCAGGUGAAGUUGUCAGUGCUCCAGGAAGAAAAACGACAGCUCACUGUGCAGCUGAAGAGCCAGAAGUUCCUCGGUCACCCCGCGGGGGUCCGUGGCCGCAGCGAGCUCUGUCUGGACAUCCCCGAGCCCCCCGAAGACCCAACGGCGCUGGAGACCCGCAGCGUGGGCACCUGGGUCCGCGAGCGGGACUUGGGCAUCCCCGAUGGCGAGGCGGCCCUUGCGGCUAAAGUCGCAGUGCUGGAGACGCAGCUCAAGAAGGCGCUGCAGGAGCUGCAGGCGGCACAGGCCCGCCAGGCUGAGCUCCAGCCUCAGGCCUGGCCACCUCCGGACACCCCGCUUCGCGUGGACACCGUAAGGGUGGUGGAGGGCCCGCGGGAAGUAGAGGUGGCCGCCAGCACUGUGGCCGGAGCCCCCGCGCAGCGAGCCCAGAACCUGGAGCCCUAUGGAGCCGGUCUGAGGGCCCUGGCAGCCUCGGGGGCUCCAGAGAGCCCCACGGUGUUCCGCAGCCUCGAAGUGGUGGAGUCAAUGUGCCCGCUGCCCACGGCCAGCACCGGCAACAUCCACGUGGUCAAAAAGAUUAGCAUCACAGAGCGAAACUGUGAGGGGCCCACAGGUCCCCCAGCUUCUCCAGAGCCAUCCUCGUCCCUCUUAGGACCUACAGGAGCCUCUCUGACACACUCUGAGGACACUGGCCAGGUGGCCGCCCAAGAUGCCACCCACAGAGAAGCCACCAAACCAGCAGCCUCGCAGGAGCUAGAGGAAGCCGGGGGGACAGGCAGAGCCCCCGUGGGUGUACGAUCCAUCAUGAAGCGGAAAGAUGAGCCCACGGACCCCACAGUCCACCGGAGGAGCCUCCAGUUUGUGGGAGUCAAUGGCGGUUACGAGUCCUCUUCGGAAGACUCCAGCACAGCAGAGAACUUCUCAGACGACGACAGCACCGAGAACGAAGCCCCAGAACCAGCGGCCAGAGGGCAGCGUGUGGCCGUGGGCCCUCAGCUCCGGCCUCCGGGGCCAGCAGGGCCCCACACCAGCCAGCAAGACCGCCAGCUCCCAGCAGAGUCUCAGCAAGUGCCCACUUCCGAGGGGGCAUCAGGAACCAACUCAGAGGAGGAAAUCCGGAUGGAGCUGAGCCCUGACCUCAUAUCAGCUUGUUUGUCCCUGGAGAAGUACCUGGACAACCCCAACGCCCUCACAGAGCGUGAGCUGAAAGUGGCCUACACCACCGUGCUUCAGGAGUGGCUGCGCCUGGCCUGCCGCAGCGACGCACACCCUGAGCUUGUGCGGCGCCACCUGGUCACGUUCCGGGCCAUGUCCGCGCGGCUGCUGGACUAUGUGGUCAACAUCGCCGACAGCAAUGGUAACACAGCACUACACUACUCCGUGUCACAUGCCAACUUCCCUGUGGUGCAGCAGCUGCUGGACAGUGGUGUCUGCCGGGUGGACAAGCAGAACCGCGCUGGCUACAGCCCCGUCAUGCUCACUGCCCUGGCUGCUCUGAAGACCCAAGAUGACAUCGAGACUGUGAUACAGCUCUUCCGGCUUGGGGACGUCAAUGCCAAAGCCAGCCAGGCAGGACAGACAGCCCUGAUGCUGGCGGUCAGUCAUGGGCGGGUGGACGUGGUCAAAGCCCUGUUGGCCUGCGAGGCGGAUGUCAAUGUGCAAGAUGAAGACGGCUCCACAGCCCUCAUGUGUGCGUGUGAACAUGGGCAUAAGGAGAUCACAGGGCUCCUGCUGGCCGUGCCCAGCUGUGACAUCUCACUUACAGACCGGGAUGGGAGCACAGCGCUCAUGGUGGCCUUGGACGCGGGACAGAGUGAAAUCGCAUCCAUGCUGUACUCCCGCAUGAAUAUCAAAUGCUCGUUUGCCCCAAUGUCAGAUGACGAGAGUCCUGCUUCAUCCUCUGCAGAAGAAUAGUCCAGAAGGCCAGAGGUGCCUCCCGUGGAGCCCAGCCAGCCCCAGAACAGAAGCAAGCCAUUCCUUGUCCCCCGCCUCCUCCCUGUCCCCUCUUCUCUGAUCUCCUCCAACCUAACCCCCUCAAAGCCCAGAUCUCUGAGGCAAAUGUACUUUCCCUCUGCUUCCCUGGGGGUUCCCCAACAUCUGUGAGACUCCAGCUACAAAGAAGCCUCUGGCACCCAAGUUCAAAGCCACUGCAGCAGAGACUGAAGCUAAAUUCUCAUCCAACUUGGCGCCAGUGGCUGACGCUGGGGUGUGGGUUUUUAUAAAGAACACAGAACAGUCAGCAGGCAGUUAUGGGCGGAGGAGGGUGAGAGGGAAAAAUAUUGUAUUUUUGAAUCAUUGUUGGGGGAGGGGCGGGAUCCUGUUGCGCCUUGCCAAGUUUGAAAGUCACUGGAAAUCCAUAUUCUUUUCUUCAUCCUGAAUGUUAGUACACACAGGUCAUGUCCCAAGUGGCUCUGCCCACCGCCCUUCAUCACCCAUGUUUGUCUGGUAUAUAAUGGGGUUUUUGUACACUGCCCAUCCCCAUGCGUUUUUCUUGGGGGGCUUUUUUCUGAUUGCUUCACAAAACAGCAUUUAAGUUGAGGGAGCUUGGGACCCUGCCACCUGUGCCCAGUAGGACUUUCCUCCCAGCCUCAGACCCUCACAGCAGGACUGUCCUUCCUCUCAGCCCCUCCAGGGCGUCUGUGACUUGCAAGUGACCUGCACCAGAGGAAAGGGUGCAGACAGUCGUCCCUCCCCACUGAGAGGACUUGGCACAUGUUAGCUUUCCUAGAAAAUCCUACAGACCAACAGAGAAAAAGGCCUGUUCUCAGGGUGGCUCCCGCAUCCAGAGCCCAGAACUGCGGUUAACAGGGCCUUGCUUUUCCUCCCAGAGCUGCGGAAUUUCUCUCCUAAAAGGAAAGUAAACAGGGUUUGUGAUAUUGGCCAAGCACAGGGCAAGCUUCAAAAACACAUCUGCACAAAAUUAAAAGUUGGCUGGCCUGGAGAAUUCCCAGUGCUCUCUUAAAGAGACAGGCUUUGCUGAACACUAAACAAAGGCCAGCUGGGUUUUUAUUAUUUAAUUUUUUUUUUUUUUUCCUAAAUCCAAGAGCGCUGCUGACUCCAUAGACAGGCUGGCAACUUCUUUCUUAGCCUAAUUUGUUUUUGUUCCAAGAAUCUCAACAAUUUUUUCUUACUUCCUUUUGUGAGAGAGGAGGAAAAGGGAAAGGUUCCUAAACGUGCCUUGUGUAGGAAAGGAAGUCCUGGAUCCAACAUAUCUCCUACUCUGUCUCAUCCAGGACUCAGUUCGACCUCCUGGCCCUUGAAACCAAACCUUGUCAGACAGGUAAGGCUCUGGGGAUCUCACAGGUUUAUGAAAUAAAAGUGCUGGAGUGGCUUCUAGAGAGAAGUGAGUUGGUUGGUUUGAUAGGGUCUUGUCUUGAUUCUUAUUGAAGGGGAACGUCUAAGAUGUAAAGGCUUGAGUGGCCCCAGACAGUAGGGUGGAAGGAUGCGUAGGUGGGUGGAUGGACACACGGAGAGUGAGUGAGUGGGCGGAGGAUGAUGGAUGCGUGCAUGUAGGGAAUGCACAUGUAUGCACAUCAAUUAGAAAACAACCUAAGCUGACGGGAGACAACGACUGGUAUCUUUCGGAAGGCCAUAGCGUUGGGAAGCCUUGAACUGUGGUUCAGAAGUUGUAGUUUAAAGUCAAUUGCGGUGAGCGUACCUUUAAUCCCAGCUCUGGGGGAGACUGAGGUAGGUGGAUGGCUGUGUGUUCAAGGCCAGCCUGGGCUACGCAGUACGUUCUGCCUGAGCUAGGGUGAGACCAUAACCCAAACAAACAAAAAAAGUGCCUUUACCUUCAGCCCUGGAGUCAGCACAUAGGUUUAUUCUAUGCUUCUGGAAACAUCUGUUUACUCUCCAUCCCCAAAUUGUGACUUCUGGGUUAAAUCCAAGUCUGAGCUAUCACUGUUUUUGUUGUUUUUUUUUUCCAUCUGGGUCGCUAGUCCCUAAUCUCCUCUACAUGUAUCCUCAUGAGCUUUACCGUCACUUUCUGACCACGGUACGUCCAUAAAGACAGUAUUACAUGGAAAUGAAGUAUUCUUUUAUUGUAAUCAUUUUGUAGAAGGUAAAGGGAUUUAAUAAAGCUACAAAUAAUGUCA